AUGGAGGAAACAGAACCGCAAUUACCCAACAUUUGUAAUAAGUUAAUUAAUACACAUAAUUAUUAUGUAGAUAAAACAACAUUAUAUAUAAAAACAAGAUGGUUUACUUUGCUUGGUUUGUUUAUUACCUAUAUUCUUAGGGUAUAUUAUGUAACAGGCUUUUAUGUUGUUUCUUAUGCCUUAGCCAUUUUUUUAUUAAAUUUAUUUUUGAGAUUCUUAACACCUCAUAAUAUAGAAGAAAUAUAUGAGCAAUAUGAAAAUGAAAAUAAUGGUUUAUUAUUACCAAUGAAACAAACACAUGAAACUAAAAAUCCAAAUAAUCCAGAUGAUAAAAAAGAAUUUAGACCAUUUCUAAGAAAAUUAAAUGAAUUUAAAUUCUGGUUAUAUUCUACAAGAGCUAUCUGUAUAUCUAUUUUUUGUACCUUUUUCUCAUUUCUAGAUAUACCAGUAUUUUGGCCUUUAUUACUUUUUUAUUUUAUAUGCUUAUUUUUCGCAACUAUGAAACAACAAAUCAAAAAUAUGAUUAGAUUUAAAUAUCUCCCAUUUAAUACAUCUACCAAACAAACUUAUGGAUCGGUAGUGCGUGGGACCAAAAAUGGGAAAUAA